AUGUUAUUAUAUUUUGUUUACUUUUUGCUUGCCCUACCCAUUGUUGCUUAUCUCUACGUAAAAUGGGCGUACGGGUACUGGGACAGAAAAGGCGUAUAUACCGUAGAACCAGUUUUUCCAGUCGGCAGCUUCCAAGAUGUACAAAAGGGUAAAAUAUCAAGCUUUGAUUUUUACAAGAAGUUCUACUCAGACAUAAAAAAGAAAGGAUUGAAAUAUGGUGGACUCUAUCUGCAGUUACAACCUACAUGGAUACCUGUUGAUUUGGAAUUAAUAAAGAAUGUAAUGUCGAAGGAUUUUGGACAUUUUACUGAUCAUGGUUUAUACCUUAAUACAAAGGUAGAUCCUAUCAGCGGAAGCUUGUUUAUGUUGGAAGGAGAAAAAUGGAGGAAUCACAGAGCCAAGCUGACUCCCACUUUUACCUCAGGUAAAAUGAAGAUGAUGUUUCACAUCCUUGUCACCCAAUCACAAGCCUUAGAAAAAUUGUUAGCAGAAGAAGCAGCUAAGAAUGGACCAGUCUUCAUCAAGGAGUUACUUGCUAGAUUUACCACUGACAUUAUUGGAUCGGUAGCCUUUGGUAUUGACUGUAAAUGCAUGAUCGAGCCAGACAAUGAGUUCCGAAUUCAAGGGCAGAGGGCCUUCGGAGUCGGAGUUAAAAAUAAAUAUAAGAUGCUACUGCGAAAGUACUGUUCAAAUAAAGUACUGACCCUUCUCCGUUAUAAACAGACUGAUGACGAAGUUGAAAAAUUUUUCUCUGAUCUUGUGAGGAGUACAAUUGAUUACAGGGAAAAGAAUGGUAUUUACAGAAAGGACUUUUUGCAGAUGUUAAUAGAACUUAAAAAUACAGGAACUGUAACAGAUGACGAAGUAAUGAAAAAAUCCACUUAUGGCAAACCUUUCCUCACGAUUGAAGAAGUAACCGCCCACUCCCUGACCUUCUUCCUUGCUGGAUUCGAAACUUCCUCUACUACAAUGACUUUUGCUUUGGUAGAAUUGGCCCAAAACCAAGAAAUUCAAGAUAGAUUAAGAGCUGAAAUCUUAGAAGUUUUAGAAAAGUACAACGGUGAAAUGACUUAUGAAGCUCUAAAAGAGAUGACAUAUUUGGAACAAACUAUUUUGGAAACCCUAAGAAAAUACCCACCAAUACCGAUACUACCAAGAAUUUGUACACGAACAUACGAAGUAGAUUCGAAUUGCACGAUUACCAAAGGUACAGCUGUACAAAUACCAGUACAGGCCGUUCAACACGAUCCAGAAAUAUAUCCAGAUCCUCUGAAAUUCGAUCCCGAUAGAUUUAGUAAAGAAAAUUCCGUCGGUAGAUCUAAUUUCGCAUUCCUGUCAUUUGGAGAAGGUCCUAGAUUAUGUAUAGGUAUGAGAUUUGGUAAAGUACAAUCUAAGUGCGGUUUAGUAACCCUUCUAAAGAAUUAUCGUAUUACAUUAAAUGAAAAAACAGAAACUCCAAUCAAACUUGUGCCUCAUUUCAUCACUGGUGUUCAAGGAGGAUUAUGGCUAAAUUUGGAAAAAUUGUAAUAGUGCUCUUUUCAUAUGUUGUUUGUUUGUAUUGUUCGAAUAUAUGUUGUAAUAAUAGAUAA